CGAAGCAAGAGUCGGCUAGGGUCAAGCAUCCAGCAGCACGCUCGAAUUCAGCCCGUCCUCCCACCCUCGACGACCUCCCUUUCCCCCACCCCGGCUCGUUGCCAUCUAGCUUCGCAAUCAUGGCGGACAACGCACCUCCGUCGGCAGACUCUGCGAAGACUCCCGAAGAGAUCAUCAAGGAAUACGACCUUCUGCCGAAAUUAAUACCCUACCUCGAUCGCCACCUUGUGUUCCCCUUGCUCGAGUUCGCAUCCGGCCAGGAAGAAACCCAGGAAUCCAUAGACGAGAUCACAAAGUCAAAAUAUGAGCUGCUCAAGCAGACCAACAUGACCGAUUAUGUCGCGAACUUGUGGCAGGAGAUCAACCACUCCGACACCAUCCCCGAGGAAUUCGUGAAGAAGCGCGAGGAAGUGGUGCAAAGACUUCAGCAGUAUGUCGAGGACAGCAGCAAGAUCACAGAACUAUUGCAGGAUGAUAACGUGGUGGGCAAUCUUCGGAGCGAUAAGGUUGCCAACUUGAAGUUCCUCGAGGAGCAGCACGGUGCGACAGUGGACAUGGUUAACACCCUCUAUGACUACGGUCGGUUCCAAUACAGCUGUGGAAGCUACGGAAACGCUGCCGAGCUCCUCUAUCAGUUCCGCGUCCUCUCAACGGACAAUGACAAGGUCGCAUCUGCGACAUGGGGCAAGCUGGCUUCCGAGAUUCUUACCACGAAUUGGGAGGGUGCCAUGGAAGAGGUCCAGAAAGUCAAGGACUCCAUUGAUACCCGGCUAUUCAACAACCCCUUGGGUCAGCUUCAACACCGCACCUGGUUGAUCCACUGGUCCCUCUUCCCGCUCUUCAACCACGAACCCGCCCGUGACGUUCUGACAGACCUUUUCUUCUCACCCGCAUACAUCAAUACUAUUCAGACAUCUUGCCCUUGGAUCCUCCGCUACCUCACCGCUGCCGUCAUCACCAACCGUCAACGUGUCCACAAGAACUCAUCUCUCUACCAGAAGCAAUUGAAGGACCUAAUUCGCAUCGUCAGACAAGAAGAAUACGAGUACCAGGAUCCCAUCACUGAUUUCAUCAAGGCGCUUUACAUCGACUUUGACUUUGAGGAGGCCCAGAAGAAGCUUGGAGAGGCUGAGGAGGUCUUGAGGAGUGAUUUCUUCUUGGUCGCGGCGGCCGAUGCUUUCGUUGAGUCGGCAAGACAUCUGAUUUCUGAGAGCUACUGCAAGAUUCACCAACGUAUUGAUAUCAAGGACCUCUCGACCCGUCUUGGUCUUAGCCAGGAUGAGGGCGAGAAAUGGAUUGUCAACCUCAUCCGGGAUACUCGUGUAGAUGCUAAGAUCGAUUAUAAGGAAGGAACUGUGCUCAUGAACCACCCACCACAAUCAGUAUACCAACAAGUCAUUGAGAAGACGAAGGGAGGCUUUUUCAGAACUCAAGUGCUAAGUGCUGCCGUUGCGAAAUAAUCCUCUAGAAACGAUUUCGUUUAAAAAGUGAGGGAUAUAGAUAACGGCUUUCACGUAUAGCCGAUUUUCGGUGCGGAGAAAAAGUUCGAAUAAUUUCUGACGAUGCUAUCUCAGUUUCUCAUGGUCUUUUACUUCUUUUUCCUCUUUUCCAUGUUCAUUCUAUCUACUCACAACGAGAAAUGGAUGUUGGGAAACACUCGGCGGGCGUUAGAUUUUUGUCUGGUGAUUAAUUUGAUGAAGACUUUACGCUUUGAAAUGCAAAAAUGUCAUGCGUUAUUAUG